GAGUUGUUCAUAGUAGAACUAGAGACGCGUACAGAACCAGCUCAUGGAUUCGAUUGUCAAACGGAUAAAUUUGGAUUUAACACAAGAAUUUGAGCACAAUAAUUAAGCUAUUAUAUUUUUGAUGCCCCGUAGCUUGCAGUUGCAACUUUUUGGGCGAGAUUUUACCGAUUCACCGAAACAAAAUAAUAUGGCUGCGAUUAGGAAAAAGUUGGUCAUCGUUGGAGAUGGUGCUUGUGGAAAGACAUGUCUGCUCAUAGUAUUUAGCAAAGACCAGUUCCCUGAAGUCUACGUCCCAACAGUAUUUGAGAACUAUGUAGCUGAUAUCGAAGUAGAUAGCAAACAGGUUGAAUUAGCAUUAUGGGAUACAGCAGGUCAGGAAGACUACGACAGACUCAGACCGCUCUCAUAUCCAGACACAGACGUUAUACUCAUGUGCUUUGCUAUCGACAAUCCAGACAGUUUGGAGAACAUCCCGGAGAAAUGGACACCAGAGGUCAAGCAUUUCUGUCCCAACGUGCCCAUCAUCCUGGUGGGUAACAAGAAGGACCUCCGUAACGACGAUAACACCAAGAUGGAGCUGCAGAGGACCAAGCAGACCCCCGUCACGUACGACGAAGGCCACCAGAUGUCCGUCAAGAUCAAUGCCGCCAAGUACAUGGAGUGCUCGGCCAAGACCAACGACGGGGUCAGGGAGGUCUUUGAGACGGCCACAAGGGCAGCACUGCAGAGUAAGAAGCGCAAGAAGAAGCUCUCAUGCAAGAUCUUCUAAACUUCGAAGACAUCGGACAAUGAUCAAACUAUGUCAGUCAAACUAAGCUUUUAUUAUUAAAUAAAAGGCAUAUGUUUCAGUAAACUUUUGAGCUAUAAAGUGAGCUUGUACAUGAAGGAAUUUACAUUUCAAGAAGACCAUAGGAGGGAUGUGUACAUUGCAGGAAGAGCAUAUGGACCAGAUGCAUUUACCACAACGUAACUCUACAUUGAAGAUGCAACCCGCGGGGACCUCAGAUACCAAGGUCGCGCACAUGAGGUUGUGAACUCCGCUACACCUUGUGGCUUGUGUCUUGAGAUUUGUACAUCUCCAGGCGGAUGUAACCAUUUUCUUUGUAGAGAUAAUUUGGCCAGCUGAGCUCUCCUGUAUUACCACGUCUAAUUACCCAGAGAAUUUUUUUAUAAAUAGAAUAGACAUUAGGCCUAGUAAAUGGAACAGCUUUUCUUUCUGGGAUGAGUGUUUCAUAUUGAGUAAUUGAGUUAGUACCUGGAAAUAAGUCUUGUUUAUCAUUUUAAGCAGUCAAGCUUAAUGCACAUCCAUGAUGUGAUAAAGCAAAGCACUAAAUAUGCAAUAUAGAUUUGUAAUUAUUUCUGUUGUGGAACACUGAAUAAUUUUAUUGUCUUUUGAGCGCCAGAAGGGUGUUAUUGCCUUUUUCAAACAUAUUCUUAUGAGAGGGAAUCAACACCUGUUCGGCUCUUAUGUCUUAGUCACACCUUUGCGUAUUUGUGUGCCUUAUUGCUGUGUAUUUAUGGCAAGCCGUUUUAACAUUUAUUCCUUUUUCUUGAUAUCAAGAAAUGAAUUCUUGAUAUGAAGGAAUGAUUAUCCGUUGUAAUUAAGCAAUGGUAAUUCUUGAUAUCGAGAAAUAGGAAUAAACGUCAAAACGGCUUGCCAUAAAUACGCAGCAAUACAUGUAUGCAAGUCAAUACGCAAAGGUGUGACUGAGGCAUUAGUCAAAAUUAUGCUCUGUUGCUUACUCUCUUCUUUGUCUUGAUUUAAAAUGAUUAUCCCCCAGUGGAGAGCCAGAAGGGAGUAAACUCUAUACCGGUAUAAAAAGGAUACAACUUAGGACCCUUCUGGCUCAUUCAAGUAGGCGAUAUGUACCUGUACAUGCAUACCUGUAGACAACAACGCAUUGCAACAGCUCUAGUAUUUUUCUUAAGAAAUGGUAAUUCAUAAGAAAGUUACACAAAAGUUGCGUAGAAUGUAUGUACAUGUAUAUAGUAUAAAUGUAGGAAAGGCUCUGUUUGUUUUCCUCCCAGUUUCCAAAGUUAAUUAGGAUUCUUAGUUUUAAUGGUGAUUCACUUCGUAAUACUUAUGGAAUUGAUUGUGGAUGCUUUCAUGUUUGAAACUAAGCAAUACAAACUGAACAAGAGCAUUAUGGAAAUAAGCUAAAAAAGCUACUGUGAAUGGCAUAUUCUUGUAAAUUAAGUGUGUGUGUGUGUGUGUGUAAGUGUGUGUGAGAUAGAGAGAAAGAGAGAGAGAGAGAGAGAGAUCGACAUCCUUUUCAAGUGUGCCUAUUUUGUAAUGAAGCGACCUUCAGAAAAUUGCCUUAUUAAAAUGUUUGUUCUUAAAACAUGAUAUACUUUUUUUUCACAAUGUGCCUUUUCAAACUGAAAUGCCAUCAUGAGAUUUUAUUGUGUGUAACUUUUGCAAUUGAUAAUUUGUUAAGAAAUUAUUCAGGGUUUUGGGAGGUGAAAUUUUUGUACAUUUUCUUUCAGCUGUGAUGGGUGUAUGUUCUUUACAUUGCCAAGAGGUGAAAAAGGGGGAUUUCUUUGCCAACGCUUUCACUUGUGUUUUUGCUUGUUUUCUAUUUCCUUGUUGUGAAGUUUACAAAUACACAGUACAUGGUAACUAUGGAAACAUGAUCUGAGUGUAAUCUAUACAAUAUACAGUGUACAUUAUGUGUUGGAAGAUGACUGCAUCUUGGUGCCUUUUUGGUUUUCUUCCAUUUGUCUCAAACUGUUCAAGGCUCGGAUAAAAAAAACUACAACUGCUUCAAAGAUUGUCAUAGUGAAUGUACAUACAUGUAUGGCAUUGAACAUAAUGAUGCAUUGAGCAAUUAAUAAAAAAAAUUAAUAAAAUGUAAAUCAGAGAUCUUGAAUGACAAACUUACUCACGUUUUAGCAGAUUCAAUUACUUGACAAACUGCGAUAAAUGUACAUACAGUACAUACAUGUACAAGUAUUCUCCAAUAUUUUGUGUGCAGGAUGAAAAAAGUCACCAAAGAGACAGAAAAGUUGCAUCUGGGCCCUUUUUCACAAAACUUUUUAUCAAUAACAAAUUUGCCUUAAGCCGAUCAUACGGUUUUAGUAGCUUAUAACAGUUAUUGAUAUCAAGUUUUGUGAAACAGGGCCCUGAUCUUCGAGCUCAUACCCUAGUGGUUCUGUAGAUGUCUUUCAUUACAUUUUGUACCAACAAAAAUUCAGUAUUUCUAUUUCAUGAUGCAGUGCCUUGGUACAAGUUGGUAAUUCAAUUUUUGUUGUACUUUUUGGAUCUCAAUGUCAUACUGUUAAGCAGCGAAGAGUGACCUUAAAAUGCAAAAACAUGAACAUGUCACUGUGAAGCUACAUGUACAUGUAUAUGUACAUUGUAGAUUUUUAGUACAAGAUUAUUUUGUGUCAUGUACAAUUGUACAUGUACAGUGUACUAGAUAUUGAAUUAUCGCAAUUCAUUAUCUGUUAUUAGUACAAGAUUAAUUUGUGUCAUGUACAUGUACUAGAUAUUGAAUUAUCGCAAGUCAUUGGUGACAAAUCACAAGACUUUAGCUGAAGGGAGGUCGUCAACUCGUCAUGCAGUGAUCUAAAUUUUUCAAAAGUUCAUAACUAGAAGGCAUGUUUAUUACCCAAUUUCAAGUCUUGUCGAUGCAUUUAUUAAUACAAUUAUUUGUCAUUAUCUUUUUCAAUUGUAAGCUCCAAUGAUAACACUUAUAUUGUCUUUCAAAUUACCGUCAAAAGUCCAGACUUGUAAUAAAAUCACUAUAAAUUUUUCAAAUUUCAAUGCCUUCAAAUUUCCAUGAGUCUUCACAAAACAUUUUGCUGUUACAAAGAGCAUCAAUGUAUCACUUUGGUGAUUUGUAUAUACUGUAUGCAUAUAUUGGAAGGUGAAAUUUGAUGGUUAUGAAUAUAUUAUGAGGUUGUAGAUAAGACACAAAAAAGAAAAAAA